AUGGCCCCAACUUUGACUAACACAUGGGAGCUCCACAAAUGGAAAGAAGGCUAUAUACAGAAAAAACCAGAAACAUCAAGUGAUUACCAAACUAGAAAAAAAGUAGUAGAUAUACAGAUUAAAUAUAGAGGUUGGAAAGCAUAUGAUCUAAAAUCCUAA